CCCAGCUCUCAGCAGUCUUGGGCGAAGUGACCACAGGACAGGACAGAGGGACAGGACAGUCACAAGAGACAGAAGGAUCACAGACGUCCCCACUGUCGCAAUGCCCAUCCUGAAGAGUCUGGGGGUGUCGGACCCCCACGUGCGCGCGGGGACUCUGCCGCUGCGGUCCUCCCGGAACCCCUUCGAGGACGGCGCGGGGCUGGAGGAGGAGGAAGCCGAGCAGCCAGCGGUGCUGCCCAAUGGGGCCCCGUGUGGCCGGCGCGCCACGCUGGAGCGGCUGGCGGGCCUGGCCCCGUUCCGGCUGGGCUGGGCGCGGAGGGCGGGCGGCCCUGGGGCCCUGCAGCCCCGCUCGCUCCUGGGCCGCGUGCUGGGCCCUGGCGGCCGGCGCAGCUCCGCUGACUUCGGGCUCCUGGCGCGGCUGCAGGGGCUGCGCGGCUCCGCCGACGACGAGGCGGGUGACACGGCCCGCGGCCUUGCCUUCCUCCGGCUGGGCCGCCCCAAGCCCCGCCGGGCCUCGCUGGCCGAGAGGGUGGUGCCGGCGGGCGAGGCGGCCCCGGAGCCCCCGCCCAAGGUGCCCGAGCCCCCCAAGGUGAAGGAACCGCUGUCAGUGCUGGAGAUCCUCAGCCUGAUCCAGCAGCGGGAGCUGGCGCGCGCCGACGAGCACAUCCUGGAACUGGAGGCCGAGGAGCUGGCGGCGGCGGCGGGGGGCGCGCUGGGGCCCCCCCGGGCGGAGGCCGCGGGCCGGCGCGCGCGGGACGUGGCGCUGCUGUACGAGGCGCUGCAGCGCGAGCUCUGGGCGCUGGUGCGCGAGACUCUGGCGGGCCCAGGCGCGGGCGCGGCCGUCGGGGCGGGCGCCGUGGCGCAGCUGGGCCAGGUGCUGCUGCAGGAGGAGGCGGCCGACGGGCGGCGCGGCGCGGGGGCAGCCCGCAGGCUGAGAGCUCGCUGGGCCGAGGCGGUGGCGCGCGCGGCGCGUGAGCGCCUGGAGGCGGCGGCGCCCGGGAGCCCCGGGGGGCUGGCGGCGCAGCUGGAGGCUCUGCGCGCGCGGCUGCUGGAAGACCUGGGCGUGGCCCGAGGCCGCCUGGCGCCCGCCUACCCCGCCGGCCUGGGCGCCUCGGCCGUCUACCUGCGCGGCUACCACGACGCGCUGGCCGAGUGGCUCGGGCUCGCUGCCCGCCGGAGGCUUCCGCUGGCCGACCGCUACGCGCUGCUGCACUGGCACAACCAGGUGUACCCCAGGGAGGUCCUUGGGCUGGUAGACACAGUCGCUCUGGAUAAUGGGGAGCUGGGGCCACUCCUGUCCCCUGGCACCCUGCGAGGCUUGGAGGAUGAAUGUGUCACAGAUGUUAAGGCUCAGACCCGGGCGGAGCUGCUCCGGGUGUUACAGGAGGACGAGGAGCUCUGGGGCAGUGCUGAGGAGCGGCCCAGCAGCUUGGCCCAGGAUGUGUGUGAGCUGCUGGAAGAGCACACGGAGCAGGCACCCCGCAUCAGCCAGGAAUUUGGGGAGCGCAUGGCCUACUGCUGCCUGGGGGGGCUGGCAGAGUUCCUGCAGAGCUUCCAGCAGCGUGUGGAGCGGUUCCAUGAGAACCCCACGGUGCGUGAGCUGCCCCCCGACAUCUAUAUCAGCAAGAUCAUCUCCCUGGUCAACUAUGGGCCACCUCUGAGGGUUUUGGCAGAGCGCCUGGCCCGGGUGGGCCCCCCCGAGAGUGAGCCAGCCCGGGAAACUGCAGCAGGCGCCCUGGACCGGGUGACAAGGCUGUGUCACCGUGUGCUGGCUGACCUGCUGUUUCAGGAGCUGCAGCCGCACUUCAACAAGCUGAUGCGCAGAAAGUGGCUGAGCAGCCCGGAGGCCCUGGACGGCAUCGUGGACACGCUGGGCGCCCAGGCCCUGGCCCUGCGCCGCAUGCAGGACGAGCCCUACCAAGCGCUGGUUGCAGAGCUGCACCGGCGGGCAUUGGUGGAGUAUGUGCGGCCCCUGCUUCGCGGGCGCCUGCGCUGCCGCUCGGCUCGGACCCGCAGCCGCGUGGCCGGGCGGCUCCGGGAGGACGCCGCGCAGCUGCAGAGGCUGUUCCGGCGGCUGGAGUCGCAGGCCUCGUGGCUGGACGCUGUGGUGCCGCAUUUGGCCGAAGUGCUGCAGCUGGAGGACACGCCCAGCAUCCAGGUGGAGGUGGGGGUGCUGGUGCGCGACUACCCCGACAUCAGGCGGAAGCACGUGGCCGCCCUCCUGGACAUCCGAGGGCUGCGCAGCGCUGCCGCUCGCCACGAGAUCCUUGCCGUGGCCCGGGAUCUGGAGCUGUCAGAGGGGGGUGCCCUGCCGCCCCCUCGGGACCGGGCCUUCUUCUCGGACAUCCCAGUGGCCCGCCCGCCCUUUUGCCUUGGCCUCCCUCUCUCCCUGGGCCGGCUGCCCCUCUCCCGGCUCACCAGGCCCGGCCUGGCCUGCCUGCCCUGGCCCCAUUCUCCUUCCCGGCCCCGGGCCCAGCGCUGAGCCCCUUCCUACUCUGGUGCCCACCACCCCACCCCCAACUUUGCUGCUGACAUGCGAGUUCUCCUGGUCAGACGCCCUCGCCCUGUCUCCCAUCCUGGGAGUCACAGAGCCCCAUGGGAAGAUCUUCAGAGACCUCCUCCCUCGCCCAGACCAAGGACUCUCCCAAGGCCACGGAGCCCAUUCCUAGUGGCCCUCCUGGCCAGGCCCUCAGGCCUGUAGCCUUCUGAAAGGCUUGACAGAAAUAUCCCGGGCCAGCCCCCCCUUUUCCCCUCACCUCAAGGUCUGGCCGCAGUCCAGCAUAUUAAGGAAUGUACGAUACUUAGAAUAAAGAGGUUUCUAUUUAACACAA